CUAUGUGUAUUAUGUCAGGUAAGAUGUGUGUGUAUACUUGUUUAAUUUUAUACAAAUUUAAGUGUCUACUAGUGCACACCCAAAGUUGAAGGGGAUAGACGCCAAUUUAAGGGAAUAUUUAUGUAUUUUUUUUCUUUUAUUUUUUACUAGAUUUAGGGAUAAAAAUACAAAUUUUGGUGCUAAAAUUGUGAUAUUACAAUAAUAUUUGGAACUAAACAUGUAUUUAUUAUUUGAACCAUAGUCAAGGACUUUCUCUGGUUAAUUAACUUUUAGCAUUAAAUCUAACCUACGCCACGUGUUCCAGUCAAAGAAAGAAUUUCGGGAAAAUGGAGAGGAGGCGUAUCCAACAAUGUUAUAACAAAGUUACAUAAUUAGCUAACUUCCCCUCUUUGUUCUUUCUAUGUGAAAGAAAACAGCUAGAAAGAAGAGUCUUAUUACUUUCAUGGAGAUUUCUUACAACAGAAUUAUAGAAGCAAUUUGUGUUGCAAUUUUGUUGGUAUAUACAUUGAGAGUGUUGAAUUGGGCAUGGUUUAAGCCAAAGAAACUUGAAAAAUACUUAAGAAAGAGUGGUCUUAAGGGAAAUCCAUACAAAUUAUUCUAUGGCGAUUUGAACGAAAUCACAAAUAAACUGAAUGAAGCUAGAUCUAAGCCCAUCAAUUUCUCCGAUGAUAUAGCUCAAAGGCUCAUCCCUUUUUUCAUUGACUCCAUCAACAAAAAUGGUAAAAGUUCUUUUGUGUGGCAAGGCCCAUGUCCAAUAGUGUUGAUCACAGAUCCUGAACAUGUAAAGGAGAUUUUCACAAAGAAUUAUGUGUACCAAAAGGAUACUCAUCCCAAUCCAUUUUCCAAGUUCUUGGCUGUAGGUAUUCUGAAGCUUGAGGAAAAUAAAUGGGCCAAACAUCGAAAAAUCAUCAAUCCUGUUUUCCAAGUUGAGAAGUUAAAGCAUAUGUUGCCAGCAUUUUAUCAGAGUUGUAGUGAAAUGAUAAGUAAAUGGGAGGAUAUUGUUCCAAAGGAAACAUCAGUCGAGCUCGAUGUAUGGCCAGACCUUCAGUUAAUGACCGCUGAAAUCAUUUCUCGAACUGCAUUUGGGAGUAGCUUUGAAGAAGGGAGAAUAGUGUUUGAACUUCAAAAAGAACAAGCUGAGCAUGUAAUGGAAAUAAGUCGUACAAUUUAUAUACCAGGAUCAAGGUUCUUGCCUACUAAAAGGAACAAAAGAAUGUUGGAAAUCGAAAAGCAAGUCCAAACAACGAUUAGGCAUAUCAUCGACAAAAGAUUGAGGGCAAUGGAAGCAGGGGAGACUAGUAAAAAUGACUUAUUAGGCAUAUUACUUGAAUCCAAUAUGAAAGAAAUCGAACAACAUGGAAGCAAAGAUUUCGGAAUGACAACAACUGAAGUCAUUGAUGAAUGCAAGUUUUUCUAUUUUGCUGGACAAGAGACCACCGCAGUGUUGCUCGUCUGGACAAUGAUUUUGUUGUGCCUACACCCAGAGUGGCAAGCACGUGCCAGAGAAGAGGCUUUGCAGGUCUUCGGAAAUGAAAAACCAAAUUUGGAAGGUCUAAGUCGCCUCAAAAUUGUGACAAUAAUCUUGCACGAGACGUUAAGGCUCUUCCCUCCAGUAGCAACAUAUCGUAGAAGGAACAAACAUGAAGUCAAAUUAGGGGAGCUGAGUCUACCAGCUGGAGUGCUACUCUUUAUUCCCACAGUAUUAAUUCAUUAUGACAAGGAAUUAUGGGGUGAAGACGCGAAUGAAUUCAAACCAGAAAGGUUCAGUGAAGGAGUGUCAAAGGCAACCAAAGGACACUUCUCCUUUAUUCCAUUUUCUGGGGGACCUCGAGUUUGCAUCGGACAAAACUUUGCAAUGAUGGAAGCAAAACUAGCAAUAGCAAUGAUACUACAAAAAUUCUCGUUCGAACUCUCUCCGUCUUAUACACAUGCUCCAUCUUCAACAAUUACUAUUCACCCACAGUACGGUGCUCCUCUGCUUAUGCGCAAACUUUGAAAUGGAUGUUGCUCAUAUUUAAGAAA